CCUCCGUCCACCAUCUCUCUCAGCUCGACUCAUCCCACUUUCACGACCACACUCUCACGUUAGAGACACCAUAUAAUGGCCCUCAAGCGCAUUAACAAGGAAUUGAUUGACCUCGGACGCGACCCACCCUCGUCAUGCAGCGCGGGUCCCACAGGUGACAACAUGUUCCAGUGGCAGGCGACCAUUAUGGGUCCCGGAGACUCGCCUUACGCAGGCGGUGUAUUCUUCCUCUCUAUCACAUUCCCUACCGACUACCCCUUCAAGCCGCCCAAGGUCAGCUUCACGACGAAGAUCUACCACCCCAACAUCAAUGCGAACGGCUCGAUCUGCUUGGACAUUCUCCGGGACCAGUGGAGUCCUGCAUUGACGAUCUCGAAAGUGUUGCUUUCGAUUUGCUCAAUGCUGACGGACCCGAACCCUGACGACCCGCUCGUGCCCGACAUCGCACAUCUAUACAAGACGGAUCGUGCUCGGUACGAAGCGACAGCUCGGGAGUGGACGAGGAAGUAUGCCAUGUAGCAGUUUCCGCCUAGGACCACCGGGUUGUCUUGACGAGUGUAUGGUUGUACGAUGUGUCGUGUCUCACAGCUUUCCUUCAAUCGCAUGUGUAAUCAUCAAAUACAUGAGCAUAUCGUGACAAGACUGUUAGCAGUCGCUUGCUUCA